UCGCGCGGUGUAGGUCAGUGGCGCAGUGAGUCACCCGCUGGUGAAAAGUGAUACUUGAGGACGAGGACACAGGGAGGAGUAGGCUAGUUUAGUUCGUCUCCUAAAAACAUAUUCCCCGUACGGUCGUAGCUAAGUGGAGAAACUGUCUGUAAAUAGAAAAUGAUGGAUUUAACGAGCUGACACGUUUUUGACAGCAUAACAUGUUUUCUGUCUCUAUGACAGUUACAGUAUAGUUCUCAUUCUCUUUACUAAAACUGUCAAUUUACACAAUCUACACUUGGCGGAGGUUGAGUUUGUUUUACCCGAGUUACAGGUGCUGUAUAAUCAAGUUUACACUCGCUUAGUUAGGUCAAAUGUGCUAAAUGGAAUCGGAACCACUGCUGACUGGGAGCAUGAACUACGACUCCCACCCUGACAACAAUGAUCACCUUGAAAAGGGAAAGACAAGACGUCUGUCCUCGGUUGCUGCAGACUAUUGCUGUGUCGAAGGGGGUGAUGAGGAUCUCUACCUCCAGCAAGCUGUCGUGUUUAUUGAGGACGCCAUACAGUACCGAUCCAUCAAUCAUAGAGUGGAUGCAAACUCGUUACGUCUGUACAGGUGGUACUACUCCAGGUUAUGGCAAUGGGGGCUGGGCCUGACUAUUGCGGUCGUCUUGAUGCUGGCUUUCAUCGAGAGGCCCUCGUCCUUCUCCUACACAUCAGACCCUCGCUUCAGACCUCCCCCCUGGGAGCCCCCCUGUGGCCUGACAGAGGGCAUAGAGAUGGUCUGCCUCAUCAUCUUUGCCAUUGACUUUGCUACCAAGAGCUACUUGAUUGGUUGGGAGGAGUUUCGGAAGUGCAAGUGGUUGAUUGUCUACAUCUUGGCCGUCUCAGCGUCUGUAAUUGAUUGGGCGUUGACGUUGAGCAUGUAUUGUGAUCAGAACUUGCGAGUUAGGAGACUCAUUCGGCCCUUCUUCCUCCUUCAAAACUCCUCCCUGAUGAAGAAAACCUUGAAGUGCAUCAAGCGGACCCUCCCAGAGAUAGCCAGUGUUAUCCUGCUCCUGGCCCUCCACCUCUGCCUCUUCACCAUGAUUGGCAUGCUGCUCUUUGCUAAAGGAGAGAAUCCUAAGCAAAAUGGGGAGUGGGAGGCCUACUUCAGAGACUUGCCGACGUCUCUCUUCUCUCUCUUGGUGCUCCUCACUACAGCCAAUAACCCCGAUGUGAUGAUUCCGGCCUAUUCCUUAAACCGAGGAUACUCCAUCUUCUUCAUUCUCUUCAGUGGUUUCGGAACCUACUUCUUGAUGAACUUGCUAACUGCCAUCGUUUACAACCAGUUCAGGGGAUACCUGCUGAUGUCUGUCCAGGCGUCCAUCUUAAGGAGGAGACUGGGCGUCAGAGCUGCCUUUGAGGUCAUGUCCUGCCAGGGGCGGGGUCAGGACGCUACACACUCAGAGGAGCAUGUAGAGCGUGUGCGGGUGGAUGCCUCUUUGCAGGUCAUGGCGAGGGUACAAAUGAAGUCCUACUACAGACAAGCCAUCAUCAAGAGAGUGCAGCAGUUGUCUGAUGGCUUUAUCCAGUGGGAGGCCUUCCGGAGGCUUUUUGACGAACUGGACAAGGACCGCAUCAAAGAGCACCCUCCGAAGCCAGAGUACAACUCCUCACUCCUCCAGCGGCUUCAGUUGCUUUUCAGCCAUUACUAUGUUACGGUAGUGGGCAACGCCGUGGCCCUGGUCAAUGUCAUGUGCAUCUGUACCAUACUGGUGCUUGACUCUGAGAAGUCCAUUGCAGAGCGGAAUGACUACUACAUGGAAGUUAUUAACUGCUUCUUUAUUCUAUACUACCUGAUGGAGAUGAGUCUAAAGAUAUUAGCCUUUGGGUGGAGAGGCUACUUGUCAUACAGAAACAAUAUAUUUGAUGGACUUCUCACAGUUUGCCUUCUGGUCCUUCAGAUCACCAUUUUUGCCACCUACAGGCUUCCGUUUCCUAAAUGGAACCCAGCAUCGCGUGGCCUGAUGUCUCUGUGGGAGAUGGUGCGUCUGGUCAACAUGCUCAUCGUCGUCCGUUUCCUUCGAAUCAUCCCUGAUAUCAAGCUGAUGGCCCUCAUAGCGAGUACUUUGGUCGACCUGGUGAAAAACCUCCGAGCUUUUGCAGGAAUACUAGUGGUGGUGUUCUAUGUGUUUGCUGUCCUUGGCAUCUGGCUGUUCCAGGGAGCCAUCACAGCUCCAGGGCAGAUGAGUGUGAUGUCCAAUUCCAGUAUGAAGAACGUCACCGUGGAGUGUGGUUCCUACGAGCAGCUGGGCUACUGGCCAAACAACUUUGACGACUUUGCUUCGUCCCUCGUCCUCCUUUACAACGUCAUGGUGGUGAAUAACUGGCAAGUUUUCAUGGAUGCCUACACCAGAUACACCACAGAGUGGUCCAAGGUCUACUUUGUCUCCUGGUGGCUUACCUCCUCUGUCAUGUGGGUCAACUUGUUUGUGGCUCUCAUCUUGGAGAACUUCAUCUAUAAGUGGGACCGGAGUGUCAUGUGUUCAGUGGCGGAUGUUGAGCGAAUAGGUUAUGAGACGUCCGUCCAGCUCAUGUUCAGACUCUCCGUACCCACAGCAAGCAGAAGUCGUGACGCUCCAAACAGGACCUGGUGAAUAGUAGUCUGUCCCUCAGGCUGUUCCGAACCCGGACACCUCUUCAAGCAAGAUACAGUGGUGGACAGAAAAGGGGAUUUGAAGUGAUAGAGGAGAGAAAGGACCCAAUUGUCUCUGCAGCCCUCUUCUCCUUCCCUGUGACAGCCCUGCGCGCCUCUGGAAAGAGAAAGGAAAGAGAUAUAGAGAGAGAGAGAGAGAGAGAGAGUGCGAGCGAGUGAGAGAGCGCAGUUUCGCUGUGCAGCUGCUCCUCUGGAUGAUUUUGGAUUACAUCAGCAGCCGAGAAGAAAGGAGAGAAGGAGGGAUCGAAAAGGGGGCACAGGGAGAAGGGUGUGUGGCACACUCCACAAAUCAGGGCUCCUUUCUGAAGGGAGCAGGAGAUUGCUCCGGAGUUCCUCUUGACAGAGCUAUCAUUGUUAGCAGGCUGAAGUGGCAGCGAUGAAUAGUGCUGUGGACUGUGCCCCCCCCCCCCACCCCCAACACCACCACUGCACCCCAUUCCACUGCCUCUGAGUAGUUUCUAUAGGCUGGGUUUGUGAGCAGCAUACAAUCACAUUCCUUAGCAGGACUGGCUGUAUUUAUAAAUUCACAUGUUUGAGGGAGAGGGAGAGAAAUAAAGUUAAAUAUUGGAGUAGUUGAUAGGAAUUCAUCCGUGUCUUAGACUAGUAGUGAUUACAUAAUAUCUUGGUGACAGACAGAGAUAUCUGAGUUUAGUGGUUCCAUUGCUGUUAUUUCUACCAUGUUCUCCGGUGCUCUCAUGGUAGUGCUGGUGGCCCUGAUUCUCUUUAGGAGGAUCAUAUGGCAUACUGUCUGCCUUGUUAUCGGGGACAAGAUGCUUAACAGGCCCGUUAAGACCAGAGCAGCCACACCGGCUCUUCAUCGUAUUAAUAAUAAUAAUAGGCAGUGGAGCCAUGAUGAAGAUGAGGAGGAUGAUGUGUUCUCAUAACUACUAUGGCUUUGCUGGAAGGCUUUCAAUUUCACUCACUGACAUAUGUGGGAUACUCUGUGUGCCUAUGUAUUCUCACAGUGAGGUAA